CCGUCACAUAUUCUACGCGAAAGGAAUGGAACACGCAGACAGACCGACCAGUUGUUCGUUCAGUUGUGGGGCCACUUCGUCGCGGUUUUUGCUCCUGAAAAGCAACAUUAUUAUUACUGCUCUACUGCUGCUGCUGCAGGCUGCUGCCCAUUGGUGUGAUGACGAUUGGAACGCAGAGCAAAUCGGAUUUAGUGCGGUGUUUAGUGCAGUUUUAGAAGCGAACCGGAGUUGAAUAAGAUUCAGUUUUUGCGCUAAUAAAAGUGUGAAUAUAUUAUAUAAUCCUAUAUUGUAGAUUGAUUGAAGCUCGGCGAUUGAAGAAGAUUGAAUUGGUUGCGCCUUCGGAUUGAGGUCUUCCUCUCGGGGCCAGAGCAGAGGUGAAGACGAAGAAUCUCAAGUGUUUCUCAUACUCUUUUGUGUGCGUUUGUAUACAUUCGCGUUUGGUGUGAUGUGAUAAAUGUUGAAAUUAGGCAUGCUCUACAAGUACCAAUAUAGGAGAGGGCGACCAAGUCGAAAAGUGCGACUUUAAUGGGAAAUUCGUGGUGUUGGAAGAAAUCUAAUUCCUGCUAGUCACUUCAGUGGCCUCAAAAGGCAAUCGCACUGUGUUACACCUUUCGGAUUCGCACAAGAAGAAUCAACGUCGAAAAGGUAUUCGUCGAGUGCGGCGCCAUACGGACGAACGUGGGUGUCAUUUCUGUGCGAUCGUGUUAACUCGAGAUUGUUGUGGGAGGAAAUCCCCAGUUCGUGGAACCGCAGCUCAGCAAAGAGAUCCAGAUACAUAAAUUAGAGAGGCGCGAGUGGAAGCGACAGAUCAAGCCGGAUGUAGGCAGCAGACGUAAAAGGACACUGCCGAACGGAAGAGUAUUGUGCGUGUGAGCGGCGUUUGUGGUGCGUGAUUCCUACGCGAAUCGCUGGAAGGGCCUUCUCCAAAUGUAGCAACGAUCGAGUGCAACAGAGUGCAGCGGUUACAGUCAGCGUCAAACGUUUUCAAUUUGAGCGCAAAACAUUGGUGCAAAAGUGGCGGUCGAACCGGAAAUAGCGACGGAGUCGCCGGAGGAGGUGACCGUCGUCGUCGAUGGCGGGGUGCAUGUGGAGCUGUCCGUGCCGACGGUGGCGUUGCAAGUCCCCGCGUCUUCAUCGUCGUCGUCGUCGUUGGGUGCAGUGACAACGAUGGAGGAAACAGAACCCCUUCCCUCGCCGGGAAUCAACGGGGGCUCCUUCGGCGACAGCAUGUCCAACCUGAGCGAUGUGUCCUCCAGCACGGCCGUCCUUAACAGCGCUGCAGCCACGUCCAGCAACGCGCCACCGAACCCGGCCAACAGUGUUAGCGGCUCCCAGUCCGGUUCCAAUCGACCCCGGAUGGACAUCGCGUGCGUCAUCGACACGAGCCACACCCAACGGAAGGUGGCCUUCGAGGAGCUGAAACUGGCAUGUGUUCAAAUUUGCGCCAAUAUGCAGCUGUUGGAGUUCGAAAAGCUGGACUUUGGCGAGCUCAAUACGGUGGAUAACUUCUACAGUGCGGAUGUGGCCGUAGUGGAUUUGAGCGUGCAAGCGCAGCAGAGCACGUUGAGCUAUCAUUUGGGGGUGAGGGAGAGCUUCGAGAUGAAGGAGAACAUUGUGAUCUACAACGAUGUGGAGAGCGAGGCCACACUGAGGAUGAAAAUUUCCUGUGGAAAUUACACGUUUGUGCCUUACAGGGUAGUGGAAGGAGCGGGAUGCGUGGUGACCAAUCCCGGAAAGGUGGGAUAUCUCGAGGAGAUGGAGUCGAAGGUUGGGUUGCUCAGCAGACUACGAAAGAUCUUCCAGGAUGUGGAGAUUCAGUCAAAGGCUCACCUGAGGGAGAAAUUUUUAGCAGAUCUGAGAAGUUUGAGGGAUCAAUACGCAGGGAAUGUGGAGGAACUGCAGAAAAUGCUGAGGAAUAUGAGAAAACGGUUGGAUGAUCCGCACGUGCUGUCGAAAGAGAUUGUUCAAACCUACAUGCUUUCGUUAAGAGACGUUCAGGAUUAUGAUGCCAUGGUUCAACUGGUGGAUGAUCUUCAAACGGUUCCCAAUAAACAAAACUACAUUAACACAGGGAACAUGAACUACUUGUAUGCCUUUGCAUUGAACAGACGCAACAAAGAGGGUGAUCGUGAUAAAGCAUUGAAAAGUUGUACGAAAUCAUUGGAGAAAAAGGAGAACCAUUUCCCGGAUAUGUUGUGCCUCUGUGGAAGGAUCUAUAAAGAUAUUUUCGUAGAAUCUAACCGUACCGACAUGGAAUCGUUGAAAAACGCAAUCACGUGGUACCGAAAAAGCUUCGAGAUUCAACCCAAUGAAUUUGCGGGCAUAAAUCUGGCUACUCUGUUGGUGAUCGAAGGCAAAGACUUCUCCGACUCAGAGCUACAGCACAUCGGGAUGGUUCUGAACAACCUGAUCGGUAAGAAAGGCUCACUCUCCUCCAUCAAAGACUACUGGAACGUGGCAACGUUCUUCGAAAUCUCAGUUCUGGCGGAAAACUACGCCAAAGCCAUUCAGGCGGCCGAGUGCAUGUUUCGGCUAAAGCCUCCCAAAUGGUAUCUCAAAUCAACCAUCGGAAAUAUCACAUUGAUCGAUUGCUCCCGACGAAAAUCCGAAGAAUCGCUAGCCUCGAUCGAACAACAGAUCUUCCAGUUUUGGAUGGAAUUCUUUAUGGAAGCCACCAAUGCUGAGCCAUCAUCAACCGUGCGAUGCCCUAUCCUGAUUCAGGAAACUCAAAAAGUGCUUAUUCCGUCGUACGUUUCCAUCCAUAUGGACGCCGAGCAAAAGUCGAUCGACAUUGUCAACAUUUGCCAGCAGCAUGAGAAGGACAAGUGUCGAAAGGUUCACAAUUUCAAUUUUCUUGCCAGCCAGAUCAAAUCGGUCAGUUUGUACAAACGAGACGAGCGGUGCGCUUUCCUGUAUGUGCAGCAAAAUUCCGACGAUUUCCAGAUGUACUUUCCCUCGGUGCAAUGUCGGCAGCAGUUCUACGAUCUCAUUUUGCAAAUGACUGCCGAUCAAGGUUCCGGGUUCAUCGAUCUAUCCACGGAAACAAUGAGCGAUGAAAUCAAGUACGAGUACGAGAUGGAUGAUCAGGCCAGAAGGAUCGUGCUGGGUCGGGGUACGUACGGCACGGUGUACGCAGCACGGGAUCUAAACACCCAGGUUAAGAUCGCUGUGAAGGAGGUCCCGGAGAAGUACAGCCAUGAGGUGCAACCGUUACAUGAAGAGAUAAAGCUGCAUUCGCAGCUGCGCCACAGGAAUAUCGUUCAGUAUUGGGGAUCGAUGUCGGAGGAUAACUAUUUUAAGAUCUUCAUGGAGCAAGUUCCUGGAGGAUCGUUGUCAGCGCUACUACGAUCGAAAUGGGGUCCGCUCAAAGACAACGAAGCUACCAUCGCAUUCUACUCGAAGCAGAUAUUGGAGGGAUUGAAGUACCUUCACGAGCAGAAAAUCGUCCACAGGGAUAUCAAAGGGGACAACGUGCUGGUCAACACGUACAGUGGUGUUGUCAAGAUCUCCGAUUUCGGAACGUCGAAGCGUCUGGCCGGAAUAAAUCCAGUGACGGAAACUUUCACCGGGACGCUGCAGUACAUGGCACCGGAGGUGAUCGAUCAAGGUGUUCGUGGUUACGGCCCUGCCGCGGACAUAUGGUCGUUUGGUUGCACAGCUGUCGAAAUGGCCACCGGAAAGCCACCGUUCGUAGAGCUUGGCUCACCGCAGGCAGCUAUGUUCAAGGUGGGCUUCUACAAAAAACACCCGGAAAUACCGGCCGAACUGUCCCCUAUCGCCAGAAAUUUUAUCAAGCGGUGCUUUGAAGUCGAUGUGGAUAGGCGGGCAACUGCUGCCGAACUGUUAGAAGAUCCAUUUCUUUCAGACAAACACAAGAAGAUGCGUGCAUCGAUCAGCAUCCCUACAUCAACGGUGAGUGCGGCAGAGUUUUCGCGAAGCGUCAGUAUGCCAGCCGAUCGGCACAUCAGCAAAACUCUAAUAUCCCAGCAAAGUUCCGCAAGCUGUAACACUCCAAGCAUUAAUUCUGAAACUGACUGCAUGCCACCGACAUUUGCCUCGACUCGAUCGGCGUCGAUCCGGAAGAAUAAGCAUCUCGCCCAUCUGACGCCGAUCCAAAUGCCAAACUAUGUCAGUAGCAUUGGGAACCUUGCUGAAACUCCGUCGCUCGAAAUUGAAUCGAUUGAGCCACCACCGGCCGGAUUUCCGCUUAAUAGAAGGAGCUCUUCUGGAGGGUUACUCUCACCUGAGGUUGAUCUCCCCUCAACCUCCAGCAAAUCCCCGCUGCUCACCGGUGAAGCCAACGAAAGCGACGGUUUCUAUCUGCUCAAAAAAGAUUCGCAAAGGCGCGCUACCCUACACAAGGUUCUCGAGCAUGACGAACGCAAGAUUUGCCAGGUGUGGAUGGAGAAAAUCGUUUCCGACCGGAAGGAAGCGGUCGACAUCACCCGUGCGCACCUGGAAACACUCAUCAAGGCCCUGCGGACGUACAUUACCGAACAGAAGAAGGAACAUCUGGAGGCGGCCAUCAGCGGGCUGAAGAAGAGUCUGGACUUUGACUCGACGGCCAUUGAUCAUCUGCAUUUGGCGAUGUACUCAUUUCAGGACGCUGUGAUUACGGUGCUGCGAUCGCACAACAUAAAGCCCCAUUGGAUGUUUGCAUUGGAUAAUUUGGUAAAAAGUGCCGUCCAGGCAGCGAUCAUCAUCCUCUCGCCAGAACUGGGUCGGAAUCUAGCGGGACACGGUCACAAUGAUGAUGAUGACGAUGACGACGACGUGGACAAUAACCAGAAUCGCGGUGGCGCAGCUCGUGGCGGCAUCGACGACGACGAUGACGAUGAUGGAGAACUGUCCACGUCCGGUGUUGGGACCGUCAAUUCUGUAACGCUGGCGAAACCAGCAAAAUUAAGUCGCACCAAGGCGGUCAAUGAUCAAAUAACCGCUCUGCGAGCGGAGAACCUAAGACUGAUGGAAGAUCUGUACGAAUCUCACAAAAUGUACCACGGAGUUUUCAAAACAGCCCUCGAAGGGCAAUCUACGAAUACGGAAAUGGUGCGAGCUCUAGCCACGCAGCUGAUGUCGGUGGCAAGUCGACAUGAUCGUAACUCUCAAGGCUACGCCAGCGAUCUGGCGGAGAGUCCGAUAAUAGCGGAUGAAGCGGACUCCGCAAAUAACAACUUCCUAAGGCCCGCAGUGCCAUCUAGAGCGCAUCCGGUGCGGCCCGGAUUGGACCGUAGAACUCCGGUAAGAGUGGCACCGUUCGAUGGGGUUCAAGAGACCAUGGCCUCCGGCAGUCAGCCGGAUUCGCGAUUGGACGAGUGGCUGAUACAGCAUGGUUUUAAUGAUCACGUUCGCAACACUAUUCACUAUGAAGAGUUUAGUUAUGAAGACUUUAUCUACGCCAUGGAUCAGGAGGAUAUUCGUAGGAUAGGAUUGAGAGUCGGAAUCGAAGUAAAGCUGUGGCGCGCUAUUCGUGCCCACCGCAAUCGCCUUCCUCAGCCACCGUGGUCUCCGACGGACGAACGCCACCCAACCCUCUCUCCUCAGUCGCAUUCCUCCUCCUCUCUAGCAACGGUCCUGCACGCCAACGGUGGUAUCGCGGGCGAGCCAGCAUUAAAACCGAUCUCCAACUCCAGCAGUUACGACUCAAGCACAACGACAUCGUCCGAGUAUGAAUCGUGCAAUGGAAUUGAUUCGUUCUGAGGAAAGAAAAAGCGUCGCCGGAUUACUUCCGGUUGCGACAGAAGCAAUAGCAAGCGCAUCCUCAUAGCGCUGCCGAAUGUGAGGCAAUAAACCAGUGGAGGCACAACUCCUCAGCAAUCGGAAUAGAAUCACUGUACUACUUUUAGGAAAGCUUUUAGAAUAAGGUAGGUAAGCAGCUAUUGCACCCCUCAUUAUCUUAAUUUAUAAGUGAAAAAAUCGCUCUGGCUCUCUUGAGUGGAGAAUUCAUCGUUGCAAAAAACACAAAUCAUUCUGCUGAAUGUAAACUCUGAGCUGAUUCUUAGUUUUUAACAUAGGAUCUUAAGCAGAACGUUGUUAAAUCGUCGAUCAUUGUCAAAACCACAAGUUCUUUGUCUCUCUUUCGGUUUCUGUUGUCAUUUUCCCAUUCUGAGCAAAUCAAAAGGUUUUCGCUAUCUUUUAAUUUGUGUUCCAAAUUGUUAAAUUAUCUCAUGUUAAAUUGGUUUCGUAUCAAAAUUGUUGAUAUUAGUAGUAAAAGUUUUGUGACAAAGCUUAGAUUAGCAGUUGCCAUAUUUAUCUACUGUUAAGGCAUGUUGGUACAACAUUGUAUCCUUUACAAUAAAUAGUGUAUCAUCUUGGGGAUCAAGUUGAAAUAUUUGUAAAA